AUGACAGCUGUCGCUCGCGUGCCGCGUGCGCUGAUCCUCCAGCCAGUCUCAAAAUUACGAGAGGAGGAGGAGGACGGCCCGCUGGACUGGCUGGCGAACAUGUUCCGCGGGAUGAUAUCCCCCCGGAAGAGACAGCCGCCCUACCACCAGCCCCCGAUGCUGGGGCCCAUCCGGAUCCCGGGAAUGGACGACGAAGUUUACAUAAAACAGCUGGGAUCCCUCGCCAACUCCCAGAGUCGCGUGAUAGUCCGAAUGAUGACCCCCGGGCGAGGUCAGCCAGGGCAGAUGUCCCCCGCCACCUACUACACCUACCAACCGGUGUUUCCGGCCGCCCCAACGCGCCAGAUCCCAGUGCAGCCCCCGGGUUUCGCGCCGAUGGCCUCGCCGACCCCGACGGCCCCGUGGCCGCAGCCGCAGGCGAUGCGCCCGCACUCCCCCACGAGCUACAACAAAAACAUGUACCCGAGCCACGGCUACCCCCAGCCGAACAUGUACCCCAAUCAGUUCAGACCAUCAGUUCCGCUGCACCAGUCGCAUUACGACCCGCCGUACAGCCCCCGCUACACGCAGAACCCGUACGGAACGUAUGAUUUCGAUAAUUCCAUACCGCACGGCCGAGGCUCGCGCUUCGGCCCCGAUCCCAUAAGAACAACAAAUUACCCGCUGUACCCACCUCUCAAGGAUCAUCACAAUUUCAAUGGCCAAGUGCACCACGACCACGAGAUUAGAAAUCAAUCGGCGAGCAGUGAAGAAGUCUACGACGAUUCGCGCGAGAGCGACGUGCGAUACGCCGAUGCUGAGUCUAAGGAGAUUCUGAAUGAGUCCAAGGUGACGGACAAGUACAAGGAGAUCUAUCGUCCUGACAGAAUGGUGCCCACCAAUCCAACGUGGAGAAACCGUUUCUGGACGAGGACGCACAGGACGACGACGGCUUCGCCGACUACCGAGGGGAGUGAGGAUGAGGGGAAAAAUAAAUCAACGAAAGACGGGAAAUUCAGUUCCACGGAGAUUAGGGAAAUUGUCGCGCCGGAUUUGAAGGACUGGAAGGAGAGGACGGAGAAGGGCGAGCGGGAGGAGGAGAAGCGGAGGACGGACUCGAGGAUGGACGAGGGCGAGGGGAAGGACGGGGUGGCGUUGGGGAAGGGGGAGAGCCGGGAGUUCGUGGAGAAGAGGGUUUUGAGUGUGAGGAUGGCGGAUGCGGCGAGCGAGGGGCCGAGGGCGUAUGCGAAGAUUCAAGCGAGGAAGAGGAGUAAUUGGACGCCGAUACUGCCCAAGCCCACGCAGCUUCCGGUCUAUUCGGGGGGGAGCCAGGGGAACUCGGCGGAGGUGAGCAGCACGGAGGCUGCGAGGGAGACGACUACGCGGGCGAAUGAGGAGGCGAAUGCGACGCGCGAUCACUCGCGGAGGCACGAGGGGAAGAGACACUCGAAAGUGUAUCAGCGGAAGAUAGGGAAGAGGGACAGGAGGGUGAGGAUUGUGGAGAGCGUGAGCAGCUCAGUGUCCGUGUCGAGUUCGAGGGGCAAGGGGGUGAAGCCAAAAUCGACCUGA